ACUCAAAAAAAUAUUUUUAUUGAGCAAGAAACAACCAUUCAGCACUGACUUAAGUUCAUCUGAUAACUUCUCUUAAAUAAGUGAACAUGUGAAGGGACAAAAAUGAUAUCAAAUGACUUGACACAAUUAAGACAAAUGCAAAAUGUUGGUUAACUCAAAUCACAAAUCCAUAUUUAACAUGCACUCUACCAUACUCCAUGCUUUUAACAUUGACGUUUGCACUUAAUUACAACGCACAGAUCUUUGUGAGUUACCUAUAAUCCACAUACUGGACUUUGGUCUGGUAGAAUAGGGCCUGUGUGUGUAAAUGUUAAGCUGUGUGGAAACACAUCACAUACUGGCUCACUCAGGACCUGGAGAUCAAGCCAAACUUCUGGAUUUUGAUACAAGUACAAGGAAAUGUCCAGCAUGAUCCCUGUAUUCCUGACAGGACUUUGCUUCCUGUUGCUUACUUGUUGUAGUGGCAGCAGGAUUCUGGUAGUGCCAGUUGAUGGUAGCCACUGGAUCAACAUGGAGGUGAUCCUCAAAGAGUUGCACUCCAGAGGCCACAACAUCACUGUGCUACACUCUUCCAAGAGCUGGUACAUCCCUAGUAACUCUUCGAUUUAUACUUCAAUUAAUGUGCACAUGCUGGAGGAUGAGUCGGACAAAAGCUACUACAAUAAAAUGCUACUCGAUGUUAUGGAAUGCCGCAGGUUGCCAACAUUUAUAAGCACCUUCUGCCAUCAGCACUUGAUCACAUCCAUGUUGGCAAAGGGCCAUGAGAUCCUUGCUAGAGCAGCUGCUGCAAUGUUAGAUGACCCUGUUUUUAUGAAGAAGCUGCAAGAUGGCAAGUUUGACUUAAUGUUAACGGACCCUGCACUGACUAUAGGGAUUCUUCUGGGUAGUUACCUCAAGCUACCGAUGGUUUUCAAUGUGCGCUGGAUUAAUAAUGGGGAGGUACAUUUUACCAUAGCUCCCUCUCCUGCCUCCUAUGUCCCUGUGUCAGGAAGUGAACUGAAUGAUCAGAUGGAUUUUCUGGAAAGGACCAAGAAUAUGUUGCAUUAUCUCUAUAGUAUUGUUGAACAGCACUUUAUCAUUAACCCUGCCUACUCCGAUCUGCUCCAGCGGCACUUUCCUCCUGGAACUGACUUGCUGUCUUUGGAGCAUGAAGCUGAUAUCUGGCUGGUGAGGACGGAUUUUGUCUUUGAGUUCCCUCGGCCCACCAUGCCCAACGUGGUCUACAUAGGGGGGUUCCAGUGCAAAAAGGCCCGUCCCCUCCCUGUUGAGCUGGAGGCCUUCAUGCAGACCUCUGGGGAGCAUGGAGUGGUGGUCAUGUCUUUGGGGACGCUGGUGUCAGCCCUGCCACGUGAGGUCACAGAGGCCAUCGCUGCUGCUUUUGCACAGCUCCCUCAGAAGGUGGUAUGGAGGUUAGUGGGUGAAAAGCCUUCAUCCCUGGGGAACAACACCCUGCUGGUGGACUGGUUGCCUCAAAAUGACCUCUUGGGACACCCCAAGACUCGUGCUUUUGUAGCCCAUGGAGGCACCAAUGGUAUGUAUGAGGCCAUUUACCAUGGCGUUCCCGUUCUGGGCCUGCCCCUCCUCUUUGACCAGUUUGACAACCUACAACGUCUGAAGGUGCGCAGAGCAGCUCGGGUGGUGGAGGCCAAAUCACUCACCAAAGAAGACUUCCUGGAGGCUCUAAAGGACAUCCUGGAGACUCCCUCAUACCGUAACAAUAUACAGCGUCUCUCACAGCUACACCACGAUCAGCCAAUGUCUCCUAUGGACACUGCCAUCUUUUGGAUUGAGUAUGUCAUCAGGAACAAAGGUGCAGCCCAUCUGCAGUCAACAGGUUUUAGUCUGCCUUGGUACUCCUACUUCUGCCUGGAUGUGGCUGUUUUAAUUAUGGCCCUCAUUGCAGGCUUUGUAUGGGCUUCAGUCAUAGUCUGUAGGUUUCUCUGCUGCCGAAGGUCCAGGAGAAAGAUGAAAGCAGAGUAAAUGAUUCAACACAUGACUCAUGCUUAGUGACUGACCUGUGUUUUUCUGGGGGAAAAACUACUCAAGAAUCCACAAAUAAGUGGAGUUUAACAGCGACUGACUCUCAUUUGCAGUUUAGCAACAUUUCUGCCUCAUAUUCUAACCUUUUCCAGAAAAUCAAGGUCUUAAUCAGUGUGUAAAUUGUUGUGAAAUGUUUGUUUUACAUGCAGACAAUCUUGUAACAUACAUGUUUUUGCCAGAGACAUAGGAGAAAUAGCUAAGACAAGUGAAGGAUCGUCCCACCCCAGGGGAGAUUUGUCAGUUUUAGGGAAUGCAUUCACUUGUCAUACAGUUCUACAUGCUUUAAAAUACAUCAUCUGGAACUGUAUUGAUAUCAUAUCCUCAAACCUUAAUCAUAUUCUGCUCUUUUCAAGCUUCCUAGUCAGAAAACAUUUUCUUUUACAAGCUAGUUUCCAUAGUUAUAUGUUGCAUAAACCAACUACCUUAACUUUUCACCUCUAUGUGUUAACAGAGUGCUCUGACCUGAGAAUAAACUGGUGGUCAAACACUGGAACAA